UAGUGAAUCCUCUCAGAAUCCUGUUUGAAUUAUAGAAGACACACAGAGCCGAGACGCUGACUUACUUGACCACAUUUGAAAAUAUAAAACCGAACCAAGACCAACCCCCGGAAAGACAAGCACAAUUUCGGAGCAGACAUGAGUGCAGACGCAGUUUUCUGCUCCUCCACCGUUGACUACCGUGGGAAGGUCCCUGUGCAGCACCUGGACUACGGUUACAUUGAGAAAUGCAAAGAUGUGAAAUACAUGGAGAAGAUCUUGAAAGUACUGAGGUCGGGUGACGAGGGCAUUUAUCCUCACCUGACCACGUUCUGUGAGAGUCACCUGGAGAAACUGCACCCGAGGAGCCCGGCGCUCAGGAAGGACAACGAGGUGGCCACAGCCGCCAGCCUGUCCAAAGACGAGUGGAGCCAGAUUGUUGACGAGUUGAAGACAUGGCAAGAAGAAACCAAAAAGACUGAAACUUCACUCAAACAGCAACGGGUGUUUGAUGAUCUGCCGAAGGAAAACAUUCCACCGAUAAGAGGUUCCAAUUGCUCCAUUGCACUCAGCGAGACUUCAAACGCCAAUGAAAAAAGGAGUUCUUCAACAUGCCCUCUUCCACGUGAUUAUCGAGAAUGGGACAAGUUUGAUGUGGAAAGAGAAUGUGAAAAGAUUGAUGGGAAUGUGGUCAAAAAUGAUCCACCUGCCAUUGUGACCAAAAGAAAUCCUGAAAUCAAGACAAAAGUGGAGGCCGCAUUGCUGACGCAGCAGGAGAAGCUCUUCUUGGCUAAUCGUGAAAAGGACAAAGGAAAUGAAGCUUUCAGAGCAAAGGAUUAUGAGGAGGCAGUUGUGUACUACUCCAGGAGCCUUUCCAUCAUAGCAACGGUGGCUGCGUACAACAACAGAGCCCAGGCAGAGAUCAAGCUCCAUCACUGGCACAAAGCGAUGUCAGACUGCCAGAGUGUUCUCCAGCUGCAACCAGGCAACGUGAAAGCGCUGCUUCGUCGAGCCACUGUGCACAAGCACACGGACCAUUUCCAACUGGCGGUUGAAGACCUGAGGACGGUUCUCAGGGAGGAGCCUCAGAACGCUGCAGCCACAAAACUUCUGUCUGAAACGGAGAAGCUGAUGGAACAUCCACCAGUGCAGCACAGGAAAGGCAAAAAAAUCCUCAUCAAAGAAGUAGAAGAGGAACAUAACAGCGAAGACAACGAAGAGAAAGAAGCAGAAGCUUUUCUGGUCGAACCCAGCCAGCCUGUGGGAGGGGAGGAGAGCUCAGCUGCUCCUGCCGAAAGGGGAGACAUGGGUAACGCUCAGAAAAAGCCCCACGGCAGAGGGGACGGGGGUCCGCACGGCAACGAGGCCGGCAACCCUCACGCCGCGGGACACUGGCGGGGCAAAGGAGGCAGCGCGGACAAGUACAAAGUCACACCGGACUCCAAGGAGAAGGUGGCCAACGGGACAAACAAGAGGGGCUCGACGGCGUCGGUCCAGGCGGAUCAGAGCAGCGGCGGGAAGGGAACUCCAGACGGAGGAAGCGCAAGGGAAACAAUCGACCUCGAUGCCCCAUGCGGGGCCCUGCCCCCGCCUCUGUCCCGGCUAAAAAACGAAGGCAACCUGCUGUUUAAAAAUGGACAGUUCUCUGACGCACUGGAGAAAUACUCCCAAGCCAUUCAGGGAUACACUGAUUCAGCGAUCGACAGUCCAGAGGAUCUGUGCGUUCUGUAUUCCAACAGAGCCGCCUGCUACCUGAAAGAUGGGAACAGUCAGGACUGCAUACAGGACUGCACAAGAGCUCUGGAGCUGCAGCCCUUCUCCCUGAAGCCCCUCCUCCGCCGGGCCAUGGCUUACGAGUCCCUGGAGCGCUACCGGAAGGCCUACGCGGAUUACAAGACGGUGCUGCAGAUCGACGUCGGCGUGCCGGCAGCGCACGACAGCGUCAACAGGAUCACCAGGCUGCUGAUCGAGCAGGACGGUGCCGAGUGGAGAGAGAAGCUCCCGGAGAUUCCCCUGGUGCCUCUGUCGGCUCAGCAGCACCGCAGAGAGGAGCCGCCCAGCGCGGAGGCUCUCCAGGCCCGGGCGGAGAAGGCCGCCAGGGACGCAGAAAGGAAAGCAGAGGUUCGUUUUACGGCUUCCAAGCAAGACGGGAACGAGUUUGUGAAGAAGGGCCAGUACCAGGAUGCCAUGGCGAAGUACAGCGACUGCCUCAAACUGAAGCCGGAGGAGUGCGCGAUCUACACCAACAGAGCCCUGUGCUACCUGAAGCUGGAGAGGUUUACCGAGGCCAAGCAGGACUGUGACGCAGCACUGAAGCUGGAGCCCAACAAUAAGAAAGCCUUCUACAGACGAGCGCUGGCCAACAAAGGCCUCAAGGACUACCUGGCGUGCAGCUCCGACCUGCAGGAGGUGCUGCAGCAGGACCCCAACGUGCAGGAGGCGGAGAAGGAGCUGGAGGAGGUCACGGCGCUGCUCCGGCAGAGUCUGGCCAGCGACGCGCAGGCGAAGCCCAGGAAGACGGUCCCCAUCACUGAGGUCGAAGACGACGAGGAGGAGGGGGGGGCGACGGCGCUUCCCGACUCGGAGGGCAGCGGCUGCCGAGGAGAGGAGGUCAACAUCAACCUGCACCCGACCAACGCGUACGAGUUCGGCCAGUCUCUGAACGCGGCUCGCUGCGGCGGGAACGCGGCGGCCUGCGCCGACCUGCUGGCCUCCACGGCCCCGGAGGCGCUCCCGCAGUACCUGAGCAGCCAGCUGGACGGACGCACCGUGGGCUUCAUCGUGCAGGCGCUGGACUCGCACCUCCUGGAGAAAGACCCCGCCCUGGUCUACCGACACCUCGACCACCUGCACACCACCGGCAGGUUCUCGGUUGUUCUGAUGCUGCUGGAGAAGGAGGAGCGCUGCCGCCUCACUCGUCUGUUCGAGCGCCUGUCGGCCGUCGAGAGCACAGAGUUCACAAGGAACGACGUUCAGAACCUCGCCAACAAAUACAUCUGACCCCCCCCCCCCCCGCUCCCUGUUGCAUGAGCUGCUGCACCACGACUUGGAUCUAUGCAAACCACCGCACAAGAACUGAUUAAAACAUGAGAGGCAGGAGGCUGUAGAAUGUGUCCUUGAAGAGCAAUGCGGUGGAGAACUGGGUCACACUCACUCCACUGUCGUGUACUGUAAAUGAUGAACAUAUGUUUAGAUGAUAAGGAAUCUUUCUUCUCUCUGGAACAGUUUUUUUGCUAUGCAGAUUUACUUUUGUACAACCACCACUAACGACACCGGGACACUACGGACCUCCUGGUGUGUAAUGAUUCAUAGGGUCCAAUGAACCAGGUUAUGUAAAGGCCGCAGACGGCUGUGGCGUUUGCUCAGGACAAGCUCACGUGAUCUGCUCCUUGACCCCCUCCGGUCACGUCUCUGGAUGUCAGCGACUUUUACUAAAUGAGCCGCCGUCACGAGCUAAGAUCGGAAACAGUCUCUGAAAAUACCACAACUACGGUUUAUUUGCUCCUGAGACGUCCCACGCAGCAGGACAGAGCCAUAAGAUAAAAGUAACUUCAAACGGUUUCAUUAUGACCAUAUGUAUUGUAUUCUCCAGGACCUGCAUGACAUCUUGUUGCUGCUCUGUGCCGGACGGUACCUCACACGACUCGAGACGCUCCCUUUAGUUUAUUCUCAGCGUUGUGUAAAGUCGACGAUACGGAACGACUAAAAGUUCAUUCAUCCCCGUUUGGUUCACCGAAUUAUCCUGCCCGUCGUCGCCACGGCAACCUCAGAGUUCCACACUGGAGAGAAGCAGCAUCUUAACGAGAUGCGUGCCUUUUUUGGAUUUUCACACUGUACGUCGCUCACAUUUUUGCUGAGCGUGCAGAUGUUUCCUGAUGAUGAGAGAGUGUAUUUAUGUAAAUGCAGUAGCUUUUAAUCUAAUGGUUUAUGAUUCGCACCAUGACUUUCUGUUCACUUAGCCACACACGUGUUUCCGUUUUAAAAUGUGUCAUUUCUAUCCACAUUAGGUUUUUCUAAUAUUCCAGUCAUCUAAAAAACUAAUUGUCCAAUUUUUUUUUUCUUUAUGUUUCGUCUGCUCUACGUGAACGUACCAAAUUGACUUCAGGCGGACGAGUCGGACGGGCGACAGGCAAUAAUCACACAUUCCACUUUCUCCUCAUUGUGGUUUUAAAUUAUAUUAGUCGAUAUGUAAAAAUGUGUACAAUAUUAACAGAGGGCUAUUCAAUAAACUGGAGAAAAAAAAUUUGA